GUGGAGUUGGGUUACGUGGAUCCUGCGGACCUUUGCUCGGUUCGUUGUAGGUGUGGGCAGCAGACACCUUUGGCGUGCAUUACAGGGUAUAGGCGGAUUUCCGCAAAAUUCUUCUGCAUUAUUGCGUUCACUCCUGAUGAUGGGAGUAAUGGGCGAAACGAUAGACGGAGAUGCUGCUUCCGUGUCAGUAUCGCACAUAUCAGAGUCACUGUUCGAUAACGCUCUGAAUGUUUCGCUUUCUGCAAAAGUUGCAGUAUCUUGUUUUGUGCCCGAUUUGGGUGUAAUCACUUUAGGGGAGACAUCUGUAGUGACCAUGACAUUUUACUCCAUCAAACAUCACAUUCAGACUUGUACACAUUUUGGUUUACUUUGCACCCGCCUAAAGCCUAUAUAUACUGGAAUGCGAUUUUGAACCAGGUCCGCCAUCUUGCCCGCGCGUUGCCGGCGGUUGCGCUCCUACGUGGUGUUACUCAUUGCUUCACCAUUUUCUCCCAUUUUCCUCAAGCUAUAUUCACAUAGCUAUUGUACAUAGCUAUUUUCUCAAGACAUUCUUAAUAUCUUGCCGUCUUCUGUCUUACUGGGCUACGGUUUUCUUGUGUAGCAGUCGUCAAGCUGCUACAUAAUAGGUGACCCCAAUCGCAUUCCGGUGAGUUCGUUUCAAUUUUUUGGUUUCUCCACGCAAGCCAUGACGCCAGUUGCUAAAAAGUGUGAAGACUCACAGUCUGUGUAAGCGGUACCUCUGGUAGUCCCACCAUUUAUUGAAAAAGAUCCCGACUUGUGGUUCAUGAUUUUAGAAGCUGAAUUUACUUCUAAGCAUGUUACUAGUGAAUCUGCAAAGUUUAAUCACUUGCUAACACGUCUGCCGACUGAUGUUACUUUAGCACUACGUGAUCUUAUUAUUACAUCUUGUCAUCCUGACCGCUAUAAUUCUCUCAAGAACGCCGUUAUAAAGCGUGUUACUCCCUCAGUGAAGUCCCGCCUGCACAAACAUUUUACUGGUCUACAGCUAGGUUCUAGUAAGCCAUCCGCGCUAUUGCUAGAGAUGCGUGGUCUUCUUCACGGAUUGCAUAUGGACGAGUCGCUGCUUCGAGAGUUAUGGCUUCAGCGUUUGCCUGAAAACGUACAAGCUAUGCUAUCGCUUGCGAAAUCGCAGCCUUUGUCAGAAGUUGCAGAUAUUGCUGAUGACAUGAUGGAGCGCUUCAUCGGACCACCGUGUCCGUCGCCUAGUUCUCUUCGCUCACUUGACGUAGGUUUUACUGUUGACCCUUCGGUCCAAACCAUCGACACCGCUACUCCACCUUCGACUGGUGAGCUCUUAGCAGAGAUAGCCGCGCUACGGCACGAAGUUCAAAACUUAAAGUUACAUCGGCACCCACGGGAUUCUCCAUCCCGUUCUCCUAGCCCAUCUCGAAGCCGAACACGACUCCCAAUUUGCCGUUAUCACGCACGUUUUGGAAGUUCCGCUAGAAAUGGUAUAAAACCAUGCUCAUUUCCCGUAACGAGAAAAAGGACAGGCCGACACGUAUUGGCGACGAACGCCGUCGGCCGAAGUCGUCCAAAUCGCCUCUUCAAAAUCGUUGAUAGGAACACCGGAAUCAUGUUCCUGGUUGAUACCGGGGCGGAAGUUAGCGUGAUCCCACCGGUUCCAGGCGAGGCGACUAAGCCACAGACAACCAACUUGCGUGCCGCUAACGGCACCGCUGUCCGAGUUUUCUGUCAACGCUCCCUUACCAUUGAUCUCAGACUACGACGUCCCUUUCGAUGGAUUUUCACCAUCGCUGCUGUUCCGUUUGCUAUUUUGGGUAUCGACUUCCUCCAACACUUCGAUCUUCUCGUCGAUGCGCGUCAUCGCAAACUCGUUGACCAAAAGACCCAGCUUUUCACAUGUGGAGUUCGCACACCUUGUGUUUCUGUCACUCCCAUUUACAUUCAGCCUGAAGCUGAUAAGGAACUUUUAGAUCUGUUCAGACAGUUUCCGCAGCUGGUCCACUCAGCUGACGCUACUCUUCCGGUCGCAUCUAGCGUUACGCACCAUAUACGAACCCGUGGCCCACCGGUUUCUGCACGGCCACGACGUCUUGCCCCUGAUAAGCUAAAAGCCGCUAAGGCGGAAUUCGAGCACAUGCUCGAACUUGGGAUCAUCC